GAGAGUGGAGAGAAAGACGUGCGCCUGCAUCAGCCUGACGGAUAUAGCUCUAAACCCGUGGAUUUAAGCCUGACAGACUCACUAUUUUAUUUCAUCUCACGUUAUAUAUCUUAAGAAAAAAGCAGAACAUUAAAAGAAAAAAGAAAAAAAAAAAAAACAGGCACAAAAGGUCGCAAUGGUGAGUUGCAGCUGUUAUAUAUAAGAUUUGGAAAGGUUUGUCACAUUCAAAAGCUGAUUCCAGAAAAUAUUCUUGACCUCCAGUGAUUCACCCUUCAAUGGUCAGCUGAAACCAAGGGUGCUGCAACUGGCGUUUACUUCUGGGUCUUUAUGUUAUCAUAUGUUACUAUUCCGAAAAUAGAUUUGCAAGCCAUUUAUUUUCUCUGAACAAGGCUCAUUUUCAUGCCCACUUCAGAAUUAUAAAAUAUUGCAUUGGCGUUCUACGUGUUCCCAGAAUUAGUCAACUCAAAAACAAUACUACUAAGGUGUGCAUAAACUUCCACUCGAAAUGUUUUGCUUGCUUCAUUCUCAUGAUGGAUGUGGAAUGAAAGCAUAACUAUUAAGGAAGUCCCACGUUUUCAAUUUAAAAAGGAAUUGACUCCUUUCAAAUUUUUCAAGCAGUUGCUUUUAUAUACAAAAAGUGCCAAAUUUAUAGGACUUUUUAGUGUGCUUAAACUCAGGAAAAUGAAGUAAAAAGUUUCUUGGCGUGAAAUAAAGCAAACCAUCACUGCCAGGAUCAAUUAGGUCAGAAAAGGGGUUUUUAAAAACCUGUUUGCUGUUCCAUCUGAGUUUUGAUUUGGCUUGUUAGUUGGAAGCACACGUUAGUAUCUCGCCUGUUAGGUCAUGGCAGAUUCUUGCUCAGACACCAUUGAUGGUGAGAUUUUAGGCAUUUCUGAAGGACAGAAGUUAAACGCCACCAAAAAUGAGGACUUUGACUCUGCUGGACCACAAGAGAAGGAAAUCAGCCAAAAAGAGGGUGUCACAGAUGUUGUGGGUUCCACUGAGCAAUCAUCCGUUGGGAGUAUUCCACAUGUUAUGAAAGAUAACACCACACCACGCAAAGAUCCUCCUACAACCACAUCUUCUCUUGAAGAUGACGGUAAAACAGCUCAGUCGCUCUCAGUGACCAGUAGGAGCCAAGACAAAACUGAUGAUUCCGAAAUCAUCAAUAGCCAAUCCUACACACCCAGUCAGACGCCCACUUUUUCCAUGGCUAGUGUGGAAUUCUCAGAGGAGAGUAAUGUGAUACCUCCUGAUGGACAUUUGAUUUCAACUAAAUCUUCUCAGGAUGGCGAUAACCAGUUGUCACCUGAUCAAGUGCCCUCUCAGGAGGGGAAUGAUGCCGGGGCCUGUGCUGGUGGAGCUGCGAGGGUUAUGGCAUCAGAGCCAAGCAUGCCAGCGUAUUAUUUUGUCAAGUGGAUUACCUGGAAAGAGAAGAAGACUGCGAUCAUCACACAAAGCGAGAAUGGACCCUGCCCGCUGAUAGCCAUCAUGAACAUUCUGUUGUUGCGGUGGAAGGUCAAAUUGCCUGCUCAGUCAGAGGUGGUCACCACAGAAGAGCUGAUGGCUCAUCUUGGUGAAUGUGUGCUGUCCAUCAAACCACGAGAGAAAGCAGAGGGCAUGGAGCUCAAUUUUCAGCAGAACAUGAGUGAUGCGAUGGCCGUGCUGCCAAAAUUGUCAACAGGCCUCGACGUUAAUGUCCGUUUCACGGGUGUGUCUGAUUUUGAGUACACUCCUGAAUGCAUCGUCUUUGAUCUGAUCGAUAUUCCACUCUACCACGGUUGGCUCGUAGAUCCACAGAGUCCUGAAAUGGUGUCUGCAGUGGGAAAGCUAAGCUACAACCAACUGGUGGAGAAGAUUAUAGACUUCAAGCACUCGACAGAUAGCAGUCAAGUCAGUGAAG